UGUAUAUAUAAAAACAUAAAAAAAAUUUACAAUUUACAACAAGCUGCGGCGGCAGCUUGUCAUAACUUGAUCUAACUCGUUAAGGCAGACCCAGCACAUAAAUCUGCAUAUCUGGCCAACGUCUAUAUAGAUACACACACACACAUGUGUACAUAGAUAGAUGUGUGUGUAUAUAAAUUUAAACCUCUUUUUUUUUGGGCUGUAAUAUUUCGCUUGCUGUAAAUAAAGUUAAAGCUGUGCAGCAGCAACAACAACAACAACAACAACAACAGCAGCAGCAGCCGCAGUCACAGCCCCAGCAGCAGCAGCAGCAGCAGCAGCAGCUAUUGUAGAUAGCAGCUGAGCUCAAGAACUGUAAACAACUUCCAAGACUCGAAAGCUCCCUCGACCCCGACCACGCCCCACCAGCCCGCGCCUCCUCGCCUCGCCUCGUCGCCGCGUCGCGUUAGUUCCGCGAUUGUGAGCGUCGCUCAAUGCCGAUACCGAUAACGAUAGCGCAAUCGAUUACUCUGCGCGUGUGUGUAUUAAUGUGUGUUUGUGUGUGUGUGUGCAGCCCUCUGCCAUUAGCCAUUUGAGCCAAAAAGCCCACUGUGCAGGCAACAUGUGAAGUGCAAGUGUUGUAGAAAUAUUAAGCAUGCAUUGAUAGCAGAUAUGUAUAUGUAUAUGUGUGCAUCUAUAGCAUAUAUCUGCAGCAGUUUCGGAGCAGUUAUCGAUAACAGCAUUCUAUGCGCAUGUGUGUCCAGCCGAAUAUAAUGUAUGCAACGUUCGUGAAUUGCCAGAAUUGGUUGUUGUUGCACUUGCAGCCAAAGGAUUUGUGGAUUUUGAAGCGUUUCUAAGACGUGCAGCAGGUGCACCAGAGUUGCAAGCGACCAUGCGCGCAUGGCUUCUACUCCUCGCAGUGCUGGCGACUUUUCAAACGAUCGUUCAAGUUGCUAGCACCGAGGAUAUAUCGACCAGAUUUAUCGCAGCGAUAGCGCCAACAACAACAACAACAACGACGACUAAGGCCAUAAUUAAUACUAAAACAGCAACAGCAGCAGCAACAACAACAACAGCAUUAGCUAAAGCAUUUAAUCCAUUCAAUGAGUUGCUACUCAAUAAUAACAACAACAAGAGUGAUAGUGAUAUAAAUAUGAAACAGCAACAGCAAACAAGCGCCGUUGCAUUAAAACAAUAUAACGAAGUGCAUAAAUCAAGAACAGACCAAUUAGAAUAUUCCAAAAAUUCCAAAAAUAAGCAUAAGCAGCAUAAGCAUACUAAAUCAACUAACAAAAUGGCCAAAAACCAGCCAAAACAACAACAAACACACACAAAAACAACAACUACUACUACAACAACAACAACAACAGCAGCGCCGCAUAUACAAGUGUUUGGCCCCGCCCCCGCUUCAGUUGACGCCGCCCCAUUCGAGAGCACGGACAGCAUACUGGGGAAGUACGAAGUGCCGGGCAUCGCGGACGCAAUCAUCGCCGAGGACGAGCCAGCCACCUACAGCAGCAAGGAGAUCAUCAAGGACAAGGUCAAGCCGGAUCCAUCCACUCUAGUCGAAAUCGAGAACAGCCUGCUCUCGCUGUUCAACAUGAAGCGGCCGCCGAAGAUCGACAGAUCCAAAAUCAUCAUACCGGAGGCCAUGAAGAAUCUCUACGCCCAGAUCAUGGGACACGAAAUCGAUUCCGUGAAUAUACCCAAGCCGGGACUCCUGACCAAAUCAGCGAACACUGUCCGAAGUUUUACACAUAAAGAUAGUAAAAUCGACGAUAGAUUUCCACAUCAUCAUCGGUUUCGGCUGCACUUCGAUGUGAAGAGCAUUCCCGCCGAGGAGAAGCUGAAGGCCGCCGAGCUGCAGCUGCAGCGAUCAGCGCUGAGCGUUAGCCAGGCGGUGAACCGGACGCGCUACCAGGUGCUCGUCUACGACAUAACGCGGGUGGGCGUGCGGGGCCACCGGGAGCCGAGCUACUUGCUGUUGGACACGAAGACCGUGCGCCUGAACAGCACAGAGACGGUGAGUCUCGAUGUCCAACCGGCCGUUGAUCGGUGGCUGGCAACACCUCAGAAGAACUUCGGGCUGCUGGUGGAGGUGCGCACGAUGCGCUCCCUGAAGCCGGCGCCGCACCACCACGUGCGCCUACGCCGCAGUGCGGACGAGGCGCACGAGGAGUGGCAGCACAAGCAGCCGCUGCUCUUCACCUACACGGACGACGGGCGGCACAAGUCGCGCUCGAUCCGGGACGUGGGCGCGCGGGAGGGCGGCGGCGGCAACGGCGGCGGCCGCAACCGGCGCCACCAGCGGCGCUCGCGCCGCAAGAACCACGAGGAGACCUGCAGACGGCAUUCGCUCUACGUGGACUUCCAGGACGUGGGCUGGAGCGACUGGAUUGUCGCGCCGCCCGGCUACGACGCGUACUACUGCCACGGCAAGUGUCCGUUUCCGCUGGCCGACCACCUGAACUCCACAAACCACGCGGUCGUCCAGACCUUAGUCAAUAAUAUCAAUCCAGGGAAGGUACCAAAGGCGUGCUGCGUGCCCACGCAGCUGGAGGGCAUCUCGAUGCUCUAUCUCAAUGACCAAAGGACAGUUGUGCUCAAGAACUAUCAGGAUAUGACAGUUGUGGGCUGUGGCUGUCGAUAAGCCGCAGAGCAGCACAAACUGAAAGCAGAAGCAGAAGCAGCGAGAGAGAGAGAGAGAGAGAAAGUGAGUGAGC